AUGGGAUCAAAUGGAUUAGAUCCUGACUCGGCCCGCUCAGCUUCAUGUCCUCGCGACAUAGCAGAACUGUUCAACGACCACUUCUCCUCCAUUGUGUCUGGGAGCGACAAAACAGCUCAAACGGACAAUCCAUCCUCGCCAACUGAUAGCAACUUGUCAGAGUUAAUUCUUUCUCCUGAUGAUGUUCUAGCUGCACUCCUCAGCCUCGAUACCAACAAAGCCACAGGUCCGGAUGAAAUACCACCAAGAAUACUAAAGGAAUGUGCUCACCAAAUUGCUCCCUCAUUAUAUCUACUGUUUAAUCAAUCACUCCGACAUGGCUCCUUACCAGAGGAAUGGAAGCUCGCGAACAUCAUCCCUAUCCAUAAAAAAGGUGACAUCUCCAACGUUGAAAACUACC